UGCAUAUUCUAAGGUAAUUUUUUAUAAUCUCCUAUUGAUUUUUAGCCUUUUUUAGGAUCGUGACAUUUUAUUUACAGGUUUCUCAAGGUAUUUUGCAUGGAUCUCAGAAUACCAAAGAUGAGGAUGUUGUGUUGAUGCAGACUAUACCUUUUACUGUUGAUGGAUCUCCUCAUAUUACUCCAAUUCUACCUAGGAAGUCUAAUGUUUUACAUAGUAGUAAUGGUUCUGAUAAGAGGGCUCGUAUUUCUGAUCAUAAUGAUUCUUCCCCAGUUAUUUGUAUUGGUUCUAGAUCGUUUGCUGAAACUGUUAAAGUUGACACUAAGAAAUCAGAUGAUUUAUACAACUUGAAGUUUGGGAAAUUGAGAAUGACUUCACAGACUUCUUCUAUUUCCCUUGGCAAUACUCAUGGAUUUCCUGCUGAUUCUUCUAUUGAUCCUGAAAGCUUGGCGAAUCGUUCUGAUUUCAAGGUCAGGAACUCGUCAACUGGUGGGAAGAUCCCUAUUCAUGGUCCUAGAAGGAUGGUUCGUCCAAGUCGAGUUCUUAUAGAUGAUUAUGAUGUAACUGGAGAUAAGUUCAAAGUUUCAAAAUCAGAAAUUGCAAACUAUGAGGCUAUUUGUCGUUUGGCCCAAUCACGUUCUAGCAAUCUUGAUGCUUUGUACUUUGGAGGUGUUCGUUGUACGUAUUGGUCUCUUGGUGAAUCAAUGAAGCCAGGUGGUAAAGUCAACAAUUUUGUUGUUGCUGCAUUUUGCUAUCAUCUUUUUUGCCGACCUGAUGGGCAUCCAGAUAUUUCGAAGCGGCAUUACUUCUUUUCAAAUAUCUCAGAAAAUCUCCUGAAAGAUCAUGAUGAAGUUGCCGGUGAUGUGAUGAUGAGAGCAUUUGAUCGUUCUUCAAAGGCGAGGCCACUUUUUCAAUCAAAUAUGUUGUAUUUCCCUACAUUUUAUGAAGAUCAUUGGUUUGUAUUUGUUGUUGACAUCAAGGAUAAGAAAUUUGUGUUUCUGGACUCAUACUAUUCAGAAGUUCACGCUUAUCAGCAAUAUGUUAGGGCGAAGAUGAUCCCAGAGUUUCAAUUUUGGUGGAACAAGUUUGUUAAGCGUGAAAUGAACUUUGAACAGUAUGGUGUUCUAUACCCAAGUGUGCCUAAGCAAUCUGCAGAAAAUAAUGUUGAUUCAGGAAUUUAUGCUAUGAUGUUCCUCGAGCAUUGGACUUCUCCAAGGUCAAGUCUAUUUUCCCUGUUCAGCAGUGAUGACAUUGUAAACAUAAGGAUCAAAUUAGCAAAUGAGAUGUUGUUCAAUCCAAGAAAUACCGGAAACAAGACCCCUGUGAUUAGUUUUGACUUGAAUGAGGAAGGUGGUUCAGAGUAGCUAUUGGGCCAUUUUUUUUGUUUUAGUCUCAUCAAACUUUGUUCGUAGUUUGUAUAGGAAUUCAUAUUCUGUCUCGACAUUCGAUAUGCCAAUGAUGUAUGUCGCGAAGUAGUACUUUUGGAAGUGCCUUACAAUAUGCUUGUGCUGUGUUGCACAUCAUAGUAAUUGUUACAUAUGAUAAGUCUAAUACUAUAAUACAUAUUGCUGA